AUGUCAGCAAUACGGAGGAAAUUUGGCGAGGACUACCAGGUGGUCAACACCAACCGGGCCAUUACUUUUUCCGCACCGGUGAAGAGAAAGAGGCAGCGGUUUGUGGAGAAGAACGGCCGCUGCAACGUCCAGCACGGUAACCUUGGCGGGGAGACCAGCCGGUACAUCUCCGAUCUCUUCACCACGUUGGUGGAUCUCAAGUGGCGCUGGAACCUCCUCAUCUUCAUCCUCACUUACACAGUUGCAUGGCUGGUCAUGGCUUCUAUGUGGUGGGUGAUCGCCUACAUCCGCGGCGACCUGAGCCACGGCGGCCACGACUCGUCCUACACCCCGUGCGUCGCCAACGUGUACAACUUUCCCUCCGCGUUCCUGUUCUUCAUCGAGACGGAGGCGACCAUCGGCUACGGCCACCGCUACAUCACCGAGAAGUGUCCGGAGGGCAUCAUCCUCUUCCUCUUCCAGUCGCUGCUGGGGUCCAUCGUGGACGCCUUUCUCAUCGGCUGCAUGUUCAUCAAAAUGUCGCAGCCGAAGAAGCGCGCAGAGACGCUGAUGUUCAGCCAGGACGCGGUCAUUUCGCAGCGGGACGGCAAGUUGUGCCUCAUGUUCCGAGUGGGGAACCUGCGGAACAGCCAUAUGGUGUCCGCGCAGAUCAGGUGCAAACUCAUCAAGUCUCGGCAGACCCCAGAGGGUGAGUUCCUGCCCCUGGACCAGUGUGAGCUGGACGUGGGAUUUGGGACGGGGGCGGACCAGCUCUUCUUGGUGUCGCCUCUAACCAUCUGCCAUGAGAUCAACACCAAGAGCCCGUUCUUUGAUCUGUCGCAGCGCUCGCUCAUGAACGAGCAGUUUGAGAUUGUUGUCAUCCUAGAGGGCAUCGUGGAGACCACUGGUAUGACAUGCCAGGCAAGGACAUCUUACACCGAAGACGAAGUCUUGUGGGGCCAUCGUUUCCUCCCUGUCAUGUCACUGGAGGAGGGUUUCUUCAGAGUCGACUACUCGCAGUUUCACAACACCUUUGAGGUCCCUACACCUCCCUACAGCGUAAAAGAACAGGAGGAGAAGUCCUCGUUGACGUCACCAAACCCCCUGCCUGUUGCGCCCACCCCCUCCUCCCCUCUGCUGGGCAACGGAGGCCGCGGAGGCCGCAGGGAAAGGCUCCUGUCAGCUGACUAUGCAGACCACAUUGAAGACCAAGCCACCAGGCUGCCCAGUAAACUUCAGCGCAUGAGCUCCACCAAGGAGGAGCUCCUCUGGAGGGGGCUGAAGACAGGACCAGCUUUGCCUGGGGGGAAGGCCUCCAGUACAGGGGACCUUCCACUUAGUAUUCAGAGGCUGAGGUCCAGCUCCAUCCCGAUAGCGAGGCAAGGACAGCUGGAGGAGCAGGUCCAGCUGCUGUCCUUGGAUGGAGAUGCCGAGGAGUGUGAGCUGGAGAAACACAGACUGCAAGCAGCCAUUAGCACCAUUGCUGCUCCAACCCCAACACCAGUCCAGAUCCCCUUGAUCGGGAGUCGGCCAGAGGAUAAUUUGCCGCCAAAACUGCGCAGAAUGAAUGCGGACCGCUGA